ACGCACACACACACCCACACACACACACACACACACGAAGAAAGAAAGAAAGAGCGGCGCUCAGUUGCGUGUGUGUGUCAGCCAUCUUCACAUUGGAACGAUCUGCACUGUGGUGUUGUGUUGUACGUACAGCUCAGCGGUGAAGGCUUGGACGAGAUUGUCAACGCGUGCACCAAGUGGAGGAGGGAAGGAAGGAGAUCGCCAAGAUGGUGCUGAGCGAGGAAACCCGCGAGAAGGCCAUGCGCUUCAUCUACGAGCAGUUGAACAGGCAUUUCGGCCACAUGCUGUCGCAGGAACAAAUGACCCAAGAUGUUCAGCAAGCAGAGCUGCAAGCUGCUCAGGAGAGCAACCAGCAACCCGAGGCCUACAAGAAGGCGAUUGAAAAGCAUUUGAAGCUCACGUUUGGUCGUUAUGCACAUCAGCGACAGCGGCAAAAGCCCGCGCCACCACCGGCCAGUAUGAAGCAGCCCCCAGCAGGACCACCACCACCGCCACACCAGCAGCAGCAACAGCCGCCGCCUCAGCGUCAGCCACAAAGAGCGUUUGCCCCCGGCUUUUCGCAGCAGCAACCGCAGCCUCAAAUGCAGGCCCCACCACAACAGCCACAACAACAACACUUUCAACAACUCCCACAGGCACGCCAGCCACCGCCACAGCAACACCAGCAGCAGCAGCCACCACAACACCAACAGCCCGGGUUCCUUGGCGCCGCCGCUCCACAGCGCCGCGCGCCGGUGAUCGACCCAAGCAUCCAAGCAAAGCUGAGGCAGCUCGAACCACUGAAGCAGUACCUGACGGUUGCGCUUGUGAAGAAGUCGUUCCCUCCCAUCGUACACGAGCGACUGGCUCGUUAUCGCCAACUCCUCUCCAGCGCCCGUAUCCAAGCCGGCCACAUCCCGACUUUGGAGCAGCUGAAUACCCUUGAGCAACAAAUUAAUGUCUUGAUCAAGAGGCAGAAAGAGAUGAUUGCGAAGCAGCAGCAGAAAAAGCAGCAACAACAGCAACAACAGCAACAGCAGCAAUUACCGAACGUCUCCAUGGCAUCGCAAGCAGUGCCUCACCCACAACAGCACGCACAACCACAACAGCAGCGAUACGCGCAACAGCAACAGCCACAGCAGCAGCAGCAGCAGCAGCAGCAGCAGCAGCAGCAGCAGCAGCAGCCACGUGCGCCACAAGUGCCACAACAGCAACAGCGACAGCAGCUGACACCGCAACAAUUCCAGCAGUUACGACAACGACAACAACAGCAACAGCAGUUGAAGCAACAGCAGUUGAAGCAACAACAGCAACAACAACAACAGCAGCAGCAGUUGAAGCAGCAGCAGAUGCCGUAUGGUGGGGUGGCCACGAGUUCGGCACAGGCGAUGCAGCGCUUGGACCCGCAUCAGCAGCAGCUGAAGAGAGAACGCUUGCUGGAGCGCAUGGCACCAGGUCAUGCACAGCAACGGCAGCAACAGCAACAACAGCAACAGCAACAAAGACUGCAGCAGCAACAAAGGCAGCAACAACAACAACAGCAGCAGCAGCAGCAGCAGCAGCAGCAGCAACAGCAACAGCAGUUUCGCCAACAGCAGCAGCAGCAACCGUUCACGGCCCAGCCGUUCACGUCGCAACCAUCGGCGCCGCCACAAGCAGCGCCGGCACCACCACAGCCACAGACUUCACAUGCACCACAGCCACAGACUUCACAUGCGCCACAGCCACAGACUUCACAUGCACCACAACAGCAGCAGCAGCAACAACAACAACAACAACAACAACAACAACAACAACAACAACAACAACAACAACAACAACAACAACAACAACAACAACAACAACAACAACAACAACAACAACAGUUCCAGCCACCGCAAGCGAAGCGGGCGCACACGAUCCCCGUUUCUGCCAAUGCCCUUGCUGCCAUGUCCCCAUACGACGCCGCUGCCAGCCCGCGCGAUGUCCUGGACCAGAAGUUCACGCCGGGCACACCCGGGCAGGAGGCGGCGCGCGCUGCAUUUGUGCGGGCGCAGCGAGAGGUCGCGUACAGCGCAUUUGAUGGCGACAGCGACGAUGAGCAGCUUGUACAGAUGCCCGCACUCGUCCAGCCACUCGCUCCGAGUGCGAGCUUGUCCGAGGUGGUUGUCAAAGAGAUGCAGACCCUGCGGGAACUUGGAUUCAAUGUCCAGCAGAGCGGCAUCAGCAGCGUCCGCGUCGCUGCUGAGAAUGCAUCGAUCGAGGUUUCCCUCGGUCGACACGGCGAGCCGACCUCAGCGACAGUCGGUGGUCCGGAGCCAGCGUCCGAUGAGCAGACCGCGGCCCAGAAGAUCGUUGACGACGUCAUCGCAUCCAAAUCCAUCUUGAAUCUGCCCAUGCUCGUCCAACUCUGGGUGAGUUGCCGCCAGUCUCCUGAUUCGUGA